AUGCCGUUUCCAGUACCAUCAUGGGAGACUCCGUUUGGGGUCCAGCUCUGGCCCGUCUUUGACCAAACGGUGACUUUUGCCACCCAGGGGAAAUUCCAGCCUUCGAAAUUCGCGUUUGUCGCUGGGGAGUUGCCGCUUUCGACUUUUGCACCCGUGGCAGUGGCCAUCGCCGUCUACUAUCUCGUGAUAUUUGGCGGCGACUACAUCUUCAAGACGUACAAAGUCAGGCCGUUUGUGUUGAACGGGUUGUUCCAAGUGCACAAUCUUUUUUUGACCACCUUGUCGUUGACGUUGUUGACGUUGAUGGUUGAGCAGUUGAUCCCCAUGAUCCACCGCCAUGGUCUUUUCUACGCCAUGUGUUCGAAACACUCCUGGACCCAGGAAUUGGUUUGCUUAUACUACUUGAACUACAUCACCAAGUUUAUCGAGUUUUUCGACACGGUGUUUUUGGUUGCUAAGCAAAAAAAGUUGACCUUUUUGCACACUUACCACCAUGGUGCCACUGCUUUGUUGUGCUAUACUCAGUUGGUCGGGGCCACCUCGAUCUCGUGGGUGCCAAUUUCGUUGAACUUGGGCGUUCACGUGGUGAUGUACUGGUACUAUUUCCUUGCUGCCAGAGGAAUUAGAGUGUGGUGGAAAGAAUGGGUGACUCGUUUCCAAAUCAUCCAGUUUGUGUUGGAUUUGGCGUUUGUUUACUUUGGCACCUAUCAGAAGAUCAUCAUUACUCAUUUCGGCGGUGGCAACAAGUACACGCCUACAUGUGGUGAUUGUGCUGGAACAAUGUUGGCUGCUUACUUGGGGUGCGCCAUCUUGUCGUCGUACUUGGUCUUGUUUAUCGGGUUUUACAUUGACGUUUACAAGAAGAACACGUCCAGAAAGGCCAAGAUUGUCAAAGCCGUCAAGGGCGGAGUCGCUGCCCAGGUCAAUGAAUACGUCAACGCUAGUGGCAGAGAACAAACCCCCGUGCCUGAACUCAAUGGCAGUGUCCGUUCCCGAAAAGCUUAG